AUACGACUGGUCGUAGUAUGUGCUAUGCUAUAAGCCUGUAUCAAGUAUCAACAGUUGUUUAUUACUCCCAAGUCCCAUCCCACGUGUCAAAGCUUGGUCCUUGUCAGUUGUCUUUUAGCCUCUUUAUUCAAAGGCACCAACCGUCACUCACUCAUUCUCUAAAUUUAAAAUCGUUGAUCAGAGAAGAGAGAACACAUAUCAAAUAAAACACUCUCUCCCUGAACUUCCACUUAGUACUAUUCUUCUGAGAGAAUGUGGCGAAGGUGCUUUAGCAGCAGCAGCAGCAGCGCAACCGCAACGAGCGCGUUGAAGGACAAGAAAUGGGAUGCGCUGGUCAUCGGCGGCGGCCAUAACGGCCUAACAUCCGCCGCGUACCUAGCACGCGCCGGCCUCUCCGUCGCAGUCCUCGAGCGUCGCCACGUCAUCGGCGGCGCCGCCGUGACCGAAGAACUCAUCCCUAGCUUCAAAUUCUCCCGCUGCAGCUACCUCCAGAGCCUCCUCCGCCCCUCCAUCAUCAGAGAGUUAGAGUUACGGCGACAUGGAUUGAAGCUCUUAAAGAGGAGUCCAUCUUCGUUUACGCCUUGUUUGGAUGGACGCUAUCUUCUGUUGGGACCUGAUAAGGACCUUAAUCAUUCUGAGAUUUCCAAGUUCUCCAAACAAGACGCCGAUGCUUAUCCAAGAUAUGAAAAUCAGCUAGAGAACUUCUGUAAAUUUAUGGAUCCACUUUUGGAUUCAGCACCUCCUGAAUCUUUGCAAGGUGUUUCAUCUUUCAAGGAUCGUUUCAAGAAUGGAAUACAAAAAUCAUCGUUUUGGGCUCAUUGUUUGCGGCAGGCUAUCACCUUGGGCCAAAAGGAUAUGGUGGACUUUAUGGACCUUUUAUUGUCCCCAGCAUCGAAGGUUUUGAAUAACUGGUUUGAGACAGAUGUUCUGAAGGCAACGCUUGCAACAGAUGCUGUAAUAGGAACCACGGGGAGUGUCCAUACACCUGGGAGUGGAUAUGUUCUACUUCAUCAUGUGAUGGGAGAAACUGAUGGCGAUCGUGGAAUUUGGUCGUAUGUGGAAGGUGGGAUGGGCUCGGUAUCCUUGGCUAUCAGUAAUGCUGCUAAGGAAGCUGGGGCUCAUAUUGUCACAAGUGCAGAGGUUUCACAAUUGUUGGUUGAAGACUCUGGUGCAGUGAAUGGGGUAUUGCUGGCUGAUGGUACACCAGUGCGUUCUUCAGUUGUUUUAUCAAAUGCAACCCCUUAUAAAACUUACAUGGAUUUAGUGCCUAGAGAUGUUCUUCCUGAUGAUUUCAUCCGAGCCAUUAAGUACUCAGACUAUAGUUCUGCAACAACAAAAAUAAACUUAGCAGUUGAUAAAUUGCCCCAGUUUCAAUGCUGCAAGAUAGGCCAUCCUGAUGCUGGUCCUCAGCAUGUUGGCACCAUUCAUAUUGGGUCUGAAAGUAUGGAGGAAAUUCACUCAGCCUGUCAAGAUUCUGCCAAUGGAAUACCAUCACGAAGACCAGUCAUUGAGAUGACAAUUCCCUCCGUACUAGACAAGACUAUAUCUCCACCAGGUAAGCAUGUGAUCAACCUGUUCAUUCAAUACACACCAUAUAAUCCAUCGGAUGGUAGCUGGGGAGAUCCUGCUUACAGAGAAUCAUUCGCACAAAAAUGUUUUACCUUGAUUGAUGAAUAUGCCCCUGCAUUUAGCUCAUCAGUCAUUGGCUAUGACAUGUUGACUCCACCAGAUCUUGAAAGGGAAAUUGGUCUGACAGGAGGGAAUGUCUUCCAUGGUGCUAUGGGUUUGGAUUCUCUCUUUCUCAUGCGGCCGGUAAAAGGAUGGUCAAAUUAUAGGACUCCACUCCAAGGGCUGUACUUGUGUGGGAGCGGGGCCCAUCCUGGUGGUGGUGUGAUGGGUGCACCUGGGCGUAAUGCUGCACAGCUAGUUCUUCAAGAUGUCAACAAAUCAUAAAAUUGAUAUAUUAAAAUUCCCCAGCCAUAUGGUCUGAACUGAGCUUAAAAAAAAACAAAAAACAAAAAAUAAAAAUUGAAGGCUUUUAAAAGUUCCUAUUUCCUUUUAUUCCUUUAGUAGGAUUUGCUUUA